GCCAGCACCCUCACGUGAGAGGACUGAGGCCUGGGAUGGCCCUCAGGCAGCUCAGUGCUGGCCAGAACUCUCCCAGCCUCCAGCACCUGGGACUCCUAAACUAGAAUCUGAGCUGUGCCAUUUGGAAUCUGCUUUGCAAACUCCCUGGGCCCGCCCGCCCGCCCGCUCCCCACACCACAUCACUUUCUACUGAGGCCCGAGGGGGCUCUAGGCACUUUUGCAAGUCAACUGAGCAGUCAGGGUAGGUGGUGGUGGUGGGGGGCAUUGAAAGAUGACUUGAGGUUUACCCUGCAGGAGACUGGAUCUGCCCCACCCAGAACCCUUCUUUACUCUAAGUCACAUGGCAUCCUUCAUGGCAAUGACCCUGUAUCAGGUCCACCUGGCAAAUUUACUUGAGAUUUGAGCUGAACUAGCUGGUGAGUCCCUCACUCAUCACAGAGCCUUCUUUUCUCAGCGAGAGAGAAUCAGCUUUGCUAAAGGCCCAUGUCCCCGAGCCCUCUGUCCACACAAGCCUGCGCGCUAAUGAGAGCUCCUCCUCCCUACCUUGGGCCCUUCUACUGCCUCGGGGGAAAUCACACAAAUGGUGUGAAAUGUACCCCUUCUUUUGUUUUCCUUUCUGACUUGGAGCUAUAGCAGACCCCUCACUUCCAUCAGGACCCUGUUUAUUCAACUGGGAGAGAUUUCACACUCAAGAACAGAACUCUCUCUCUCCAGGAGCCCCAUCCCUGAAUCUGCACCACCGCCAUCCCACAUCCCCCACCCCAGGCACUGCCUGAAUAAUUGAUGAGUCAAGGCAGGGCCUAUAAAAGGGUCUCUAGGGGAAAAGCCAAAAGAGUCCCGUAGGUUCUGCGACCUGGAAGAGCCUACAGCCUGUCUGUCUUGGUGUCCCAAGGAUGGACUCUGCUGCUCCCGCUGCUGCUCCCCCUGCAGCCCCUGCUGCCGCUGCUCCCCCUGCAGCCCCUGCUGCUGCUCCCUCUGGCCCGGCCCCGGCCCAACAACGAAUCAAUGGACAAGAAGUGUCUGGGAAUGAAAGAGGAGCUUUUCUUUGGAGACCCUGGCUGUCCUCUGCCAAUGACCAACCAAGGCAGAUGAGAAGGCUGGUGGACUGGGCUGCUGGUCGGGCAACAGCUGCUGAGGCCACCAAGGCUGCUGACUCCAAGUUCCGUCAUCCUGUCAGGCUCUUCUGGCCUAAGUCUCGCUCCUUUGACUAUCUGUACAGUGCUGGGGAGAUGUUACUACAGAACUUCCCUGUCCAGGCUACCAUUAACUUAUAUGACGAUUCUGACAGUGAGGAGGAAGAGGAAGACAAGGAAGAGGAUGAAGAGGAAGACGUCAGUGAACAAGGGCCAGAAGAGUGUGAGAGGGUACCAGAGGCCGAACCACAUGAAGCCACAUGAAGCUAAUUCCCCUGACCGCCGCCCCCGCCCCCAUGACCUGUCCAAGUGGAAGCAGUCCCAGUUAUGCUUGGCAGGUUUCCAAGGGCAUCGAUUAGCAGAGUCU